CAUUAUGCUUUCGCCGAAACAGAAAUUGGAACGGCCGAUGGGAACUGUGGCAGCGCCGCCUCGUCCUCCCAUCGGAACCUUAUCAUCUUCCUACAGCUCUCUCCGUUUUGGUGGAAAGAUCGGGGUUAGCGUUAGGGUCAAUGCCAGGUCUUCGGCUUCUUCCUCCGCGACCGGUGAGGAGUUCCUCCCCAAUGCUCGCCGACGGAAGAUCGACCCUACCUGGUGCGGCGGAGGAUUCAGCCUCGGCGUCGAUCUGGGCGCCUCUCGGACUGGCCUGGCUCUCGGCAAAGGCUACUCUCCGCGGCCCCUCAUCGUGUUGGCGCUAACGGGUCAGAAGCUCGAGUUGCGCCUGCUUGAUAUUGCCGAAAAGGAGGAGGUCGAUGAGUUCAUUAUUGGGCUUCCGAAAUCUCACGACGGAAAGGAGACGGCACAAUCAAACAAGGUUCGUAGCAUCGCAGGAAGGCUCGCAGUACGGGCCGCGGAGAGAGGUUGGAGAGUUUUUUUGCAGGAUGAACAUGGCACUUCAUUAGAUGCCCUUGAUUAUAUGAUAGACAUGGGCCUAAAAAGGUCUGCUCGCCAAAGGAAGAUUGAUGCCUACUCUGCCAUGAUGGUCCUGGGGAGAUAUUUCUCUAUGUCAGAGAUCUGGAUUUCUGAAGACACAGAACAGUGAAAAUUCAACCCUUUCCUUUUUCCAUCUAAAUGUGGACUGGAUAUGCGGAGAGCUGAAGUGAAUCUUUUACUUGACGGGGAUCUAUUUGUGUGCAGUGCAUGUUGCACAAACUGCUGGUAAUUGUAUUAAGCAAUAAGUAUACACGGUUUUGUUGGUGUAGCAAAUAUGAUAAGAUCCUAUGUCACAGACAGGUUCCUGUUGUAUUUAUAAACUAAAUGGUUGCAUUUUAUGUCACAGACGCGUUCCAACUGA